AUUUUAAAUUCAACUUAGACGGGCAGUCUUUAAAGAAGGAAGCCGACGCGUUUCAUUGCAGUCGCUCCUUUUUCCAAUCAAUCCGCAGCUCAAGCCCAAAUUUUUCGUCUUCUGAAUCUCUUCGGCGAUAUCAGAUUUUAGGGCUUUCGGAUUGAAACCUCUCUGGUUGAAAGACGAGUUCGGAUCUGGAGCUGAUCUUAGGAUAUUUAGGUGUUUGGAUAUCCAAUCACAGCAUGUGAAGAUAGUUUCCUUGAUGUCCCGGAUUUUCCUGAUUGAUUUCCCAGUCAAAACCCUAGCUCUUGGAUCUUAGGGUUUCAUCUGAGGUUUUCAGCUGAAAUUGGUUAAUCUCUGGGAAAAAAAGCCCUCUUUCUGGAGUUUUCAACCCUCCUUUGCCCAGUUUCAGCCUCCAUGAAGAAGGCCAACAGAAACCCUCUGCUUGCCAUUUCUGCCCCUCUCUUCUUCCAUUUUCUCUUCGUCCAUCUAAUCUCUGCGGCCACCAACAAUUCAACGUAUGUCCCUCCCGACCAAAUCCUCCUGAACUGCGGCGCAUCUUCACAGGAAACUGAUACAGAUGGCCGCAACUGGUUGAGCGAUGUAGGGUCGAAAUUUGCCCCCUCAUCAACGAAUACAAACCCCUUCAAAGCCAAUUACCAAGACCCAUCUGUCCCCACUGUCCCUUACAUGACCGCCCGGAUUUUCACAUCUCAAUUCACCUACACCUUUCCUGUUGGGGCGGGCCGCAAAUUCAUCCGCCUCUAUUUCUACCCUGCGAAUUACAGCAAUUUCAAUGCAGCUAACGCCGUCUUCUCUGUCAAUUCCGGGCCCUACACUCUCCUAAACAACUUCAGCAGCUACCUUACAUCUGAAGCCCUGAACUUUGCUUACCUCACCCGUGAAUUCUCCAUCAACACGGGGGCUGGAUUCUUGAACUUAACCUUCAUCCCAUCUCCAAACAUCUCAAAUGCCUACGCCUUCAUUAAUGGUAUUGAGGUUGUCUCGACCCCAUACAUCUUCUCUUUUGGCAAUCUUGUCCUAGCCGGAGACUUGACGUCCACAUUCCAGAUCGAUAAUAGCACUGCCCUUCAGACAGUCAUCCGGCUGAACGUCGGCGGCAGUGAUGUCUCGCCUGUCAAGGAUUCUGGCCUGUUCCGGUCCUGGUCUGAUGACUCGCCAUACAUAUUUGGUGCCGGGACUGGCGUGGCCUAUGUGAAGGACCAGAACAUAACCAUUGCAUACACCCCUGGCGUCCCAUCCUACAUUGCACCGUUGGAUGUCUACUCAACUGCCCGAUCAAUGGGACCGGACAAGAGCAUCAACCAAAACUACAACUUAACGUGGAUGUUUCCUGUUGAUGCUGGGUUCACGUACCUGGUCAGGCUCCAUUUCUGCGAGAUCCAAUCGGAGAUAUUCAAGAUAAACCAGAGGGUGUUUGAUAUCUUUAUCAAUAAUCAGACUGCUGAAGCAGGGGCGGAUGUGAUUGGUUGGAGUGGCGGGGAUGGGGUUCCGGUGUAUAAAGAUUACAUUGUGAUGGUUCAGAAUGGAAAUCCAUCACCAGAUCUGCUGGUUGCACUUCAUCCGGAUGUGUCAUCUGAGACACAGUUCUAUGAUGCAAUCUUAAAUGGGCUCGAGAUCUUCAAGUUAAACGACACGGUGGGCAAUCUUGCAGGGCCCAAUCCGACUCCCCUUCCUGAACAAAACGUGAAUCCGAGCUUGGUGAACCGUUCACCUCGGUCAGGGAAUUCUUCAAAGAAUCGGACUCCGGUCAUUAUCGGAGCGGCAGCGGCGGCCGUUGUUGUAAUCUCUCUCAUCUGCCUUGCUUUUGUUUUCUUCCGUUGCCGGAGACAAGGAAAGGACUCUGGCACCAGCGAUGGGCCAUCUGGGUGGCUCCCCCUGUCAUUGUAUGGCAACUCCCACUCUGCGGGGUCCGCCAAGACGGGCACCACGGGUAGCUACGCAUCAUCACUCCCAUCAAACCUCUGCCGCCACUUUUCCUUCGCUGAGAUCAAAGCAGCCACAAACGACUUCGAUGAGGCUCUUCUCCUCGGGGUGGGCGGAUUCGGUAAGGUCUACAAGGGUGACAUUGAUGGUGGCACCAUGAAGGUUGCCAUCAAGCGUGGGAACCCGCUCUCCGAGCAGGGUGUCCAUGAGUUCCAAACCGAGAUCGAGAUGCUCUCUAAGCUCCGCCAUCGCCACCUCGUCUCCCUGAUUGGCUACUGUGAGGAGAAUUGUGAGAUGAUCCUGGUCUAUGAUUACAUGGCCCACGGGACCCUCCGUGAGCACCUCUACAAGACCCAGAAGCCGCCACUGCCAUGGAAGCAGCGGCUAGAGAUCUGCAUUGGUGCAGCCCGUGGCCUGCAUUACCUCCAUACUGGGGCCAAACACACCAUCAUCCACCGCGAUGUCAAGACCACAAACAUCCUGUUGGAUGAGAAAUGGGUUGCCAAGGUCUCAGAUUUUGGCCUGUCGAAGACGGGCCCUACAUUGGAUCACACGCAUGUGAGCACCGUCGUCAAGGGCAGCUUUGGGUAUUUGGAUCCAGAGUACUUCCGGCGGCAGCAGUUGACGGAGAAAUCCGAUGUCUACUCUUUUGGGGUUGUGCUGUUCGAGGCUCUGUGUGCCCGGCCUGCCUUGAAUCCCACCCUGGCAAAGGAGCAGGUGAGCUUGGCAGAGUGGGCCCUGCAUUGCCAGAACAAGGGUGUGCUUGAUCAGAUCAUCGAUCCCUACCUGAACGGUAAGAUUGCGCCGGAGUGCUUCAAGAAAUUCGCAGAGACUGCAGAGAAGUGUGUGGCUGACCAGGGCAUCGACCGCCCAGCGAUGGGCGAUGUGCUGUGGAACCUGGAGUUUGCACUGCAGCUGCAGGAGAGCGCUGAGGAGAGCGGUGGGGUCCAGGCGGAUGCUGAAACCGUUCCGCUUGUCCAUGAUGGCAUCACAAUGGGGAAGAAGCAUCUCGACGAUUCAAUGGGAUUCGGAGGGAAUGUGUCCGAUUCGAAGAGCUCUGCCACGACCAUGAGCAUUGGCGGGCGGAGCUUGGCGAGCGAGGAUUCAGAUGGGCUGACGCCGAGUGCUGUGUUCUCGCAGAUCAUGAACCCAAAGGGACGGUGAGAUCAACGGUCGGAUUUGGAGAUAUAUAGGAUGGAGGACAGGUAAUAUUCAUGGUUAGAUCGUGGAAAAUUUGGGUUUUUUAUUUUCUUUUAUUCUUUUAUUAUGGGAGUAUAUGAGUUUGAUGAGUUUUUAUGUUGUAAUGUAUUUUUACACUUGUUUUACUGCAUCAGACAAUCUCAGUUUCUCACAGACUCAAGAAGAAUGCUGUCUUUUGUAAUAAGAGUGCUGGAUUUUCGCGCGGCGUUUUCUGCCGUUA